UAUCCUGCUGGCAGCUGGCUGGAACCUGUUGCUCCGUAGUUCCGUGUUGUGCAAUGGACGGCAGUGUCCACCACGAUAUAACAGUUGGUACUAAGCCAAUGGCAACGACAGCAAGAAGUUCAAAGGUGACCUAAGAGCUCCCAGCCUGCCAUCCAGGGUCAUCCACAUCCGCAAGCUUCCCUGCGACAUCACAGAGACCGAGGUGAUCAGCCUCGGUCUGCCGUUCGGAGACGUCACCAACCUGCUGAUGCUUAAAGCCAAAAACCAGGCUUUUUUAGAGAUGAAUUCGGAGGAAGCAGCUCAAAACAUGGUGGGUUAUUACUCCACAGUGAUGCCUGUUAUCAGACACCAUCCUGUCUACGUUCAGUUCUCCAACCACAAAGAGUUAAAAACUGACAACUCCCCCAACCAGGAGAGGGCCCAGGCAGCCCUCCGGGCCCUAAGCUCCUCCCACUUGGACACGCCCAUGACGGCUCCGAGCUCGGUGCUGAGGGUGGUGGUGGAGAACCUGCUCUACCCRGUCACCUUGGACGCUCUCUGUCAGAUCUUCUCAAAGUUCGGCACCGUGCUGAGGAUCAUCAUCUUCACCAAGAACAACCAGUUCCAGGCGCUGCUGCAGUAUUCAGACGGAGCGGCGGCUCAGGGAGCCAAACUGUCUCUAGAUGGACAGAACAUCUACAACGGCUGCUGCACCCUGAGGAUCAGCUUCUCCAAGCUCACCAGCCUCAACGUCAAAUACAACAACGAGAAGAGCCGAGACUUCACCAGACCGGACCUGCCCUCCGGAGAGAGCCAGCCCCCCAUGGACCACCCGGCCAUGGCUACAGCCUUCGCAGCUCCAGGUAUCAUCUCAGCUGCACCUUACGCCGGAGCAACUCAUGCCUUCCCACCUGCUUUCACCCUUCAGCCAGCAGUGUCCUCCCACUACCCAGGACUGACGGUCCCCGCUCUGCCGGGAGCCCUGGCCUCUCUGACCCUCCCUGCAGCUGCCAGGUUGGGGUUUCCCGCCAUCCCUGCUGGACACUCAGUCCUGCUGGUCAGCAACCUGAACCCCGAGAGAGUUACGCCCCACUGCCUCUUUAUUCUCUUCGGUGUUUAUGGAGACGUGAUGAGGGUGAAGAUCCUCUUCAACAAGAAGGAAAACGCUCUGGUUCAGAUGAGCGACAGCACUCAGGCCCAGCUAGCCAUGAGUCACCUGAACGGCCAGCGGCUGCACGGGAAGCCCCUCCGGAUCACGCUGUCCAAACACACGAGCGUGCAGCUUCCCCGCGAAGGCCACGAGGACCAGGGUCUGACCAAAGACUACAGCAGCUCCCCCUUACACCGCUUCAAGAAGCCCGGCUCUAAAAACUACUCCAACAUCUUCCCGCCUUCUGCCACCCUGCACCUGUCCAACAUCCCUCCCUCUGUGGUGGAAGACGAUCUGACGAGGCUGUUCUCCAGCUCUGGAGCCGUCGUCAAAGCCUUCAAGUUCUUCCAGAAGGACCACAAGAUGGCUCUGAUCCAGAUGAGCUCUGUGGAAGAGGCCAUAGAAAGUCUCAUCCAGUUCCACAACCACGACUUGGGAGAAAACCACCACCUGCGGGUCUCCUUCUCCAAGUCCUCCAUCUGAGCCUGGGCCUCCUCGUUCCGAGACCCGCAGAGAGCCGACCCGACCCGACCCGACCUGACCACUACACUCCAGUCAUUCCAGCGCCUGUCUGCAGAGAACCGCCCUGAAGUCUGCUGUGAUUUUAAAUUAUUAUUCCUAGAAACGUUUAGGGGGUUCCCCGGAACAACCCGAGAUCGGACGGAGUUUUCAGUCAGAAUUUUUAGUCGGGUCAGAAUUCAGCAUMUUUUUUGUUUGUUUUUUAGCCUCGUUUGCCUUUCGACUGUCCCCGAAAACACGGGAGGUGAAGUCAGCCUUUCAAAUUCAUCCUGACUCAAAACGCUUCAAAUUCUGACUCAGAUCUCUGGUUCUGGGGGAUUCCCCGACCCUUUACUGUAGCUUCCCCAUGAAACCCGAUUCCCACGCGUCAGAACCGGUGCUGCGGCUGCACCGGAUCCAAACUCUGAGCGUUAAAGGUGGCGUCGGGCGGAGAGGAUCCCCGUGCCUUAUUCCUUCCCCCUUCAUCCAAGCCUCUGUGAGUUGAUGAGAGCAGGUUUACACUUUGACAGGUUUACUCCCUUUUCUGUGCUUUACGUGAUGCUGUUACUGUAGCUGAAAACAUGUGAACCGAUUGUUUUUAUGGGUCUUUAAUCGUAGUUUUAGUUCCUUUCUUUCCAUGUAUGCAAUCAUGUCGUAAUCAUUUUAUUGUAGCAAUAUUUUAAUCAUUCCUGAUCUUUUUUUCUUAUAUUAUUUCUCUGUAGUUGUUUUUGGUGUCUCUUUGAGCUCGGCUCGUUUCGCUGCCUUCUACGAUCCGAACGUGAAUGUCGUGAGUUUGUCCCGUCGGUCAGAAUUUAAGAAGAAAAAAAAGGUUUUAUUUAUACGUUUGUUGAUCCACUACAGCUAAAACCAAAAAAAAGAAAAGAAAAGAAACGCCUUCUAGAUGAUGCAAACGACUCCACCCUCAGGUUUCUGGUUUCAAACUGGUUUCGGGCUUUUUAAUUUAAUUUUUUAUUAAUGUCGUGACCGUUUCACUGGACUCAGCCCGCCUGCGUGACUUCAGUGCCUUGAACACAUCUUUCCUCCUGAGGCGAAGGUUUGACGGGGAAGACGCCCCGCACUUUCAGACCAAACAAAACCAGUAGUUUGAUUUGUUUUAUUUUUUUUAAAGGUCGACAUUCCAGCCACUCAGAAGUUCCCCCGAUACGAGCGAAGUGUUUCCUCCUAACCAGCUGCUAAUUCAUGCAGCCGCGAUGCGUUCAGGGCACCUGGGAAACCUUUGACUCGAGGAAACGGCUUCUCGUCUCAAAGAUACACAACUGAAGCAAACCCUGUAAAUAAAACCUGUUAGCAAAAUAUCUCCUGAGCUACAGUCAUUGUGGACCACUUGAUGCUGCUAAUUCAUGUUAGCAAAUAGCUGCAAUGCAGCUGAUUUUAUGGAUGCAGAGCUAAAACCAGGUGUGGUGACAGCUGCAGGUGGUCCGAGACUCAGACUCUGAGCUCAAACAGGAUCUUUGUUUUAACUUCAACAUUCCAAACAACAGCGAUACGCAUUAUUUUAGUUUCAUUUAUAAAUAUGAAUUAAAAAGAGGAUCAUUAGCCCCGACCGUUAGCCCCGACCAUCAGCCCUGAGUGUUAGCCCCGACCGUUAUCUCUGACUGUUGGCCCCGACCGUUAGCCCCGACCGUCAGCCCCGACCGUCAGCCCCGACCCUCAGCCCUGAGUGUUAGCCCUGACCGUUAUCUCUGACUGUUGGCCCCGACCGUUAUCUCUGACUGUUGGCCCCGACCGUUAUCUCUGACUGUUGGCCCCGACUGUUAGCCCCGACCUUUAUCCCCGACUGUUAGCCCUGACCGUUAGCCCCGAUUGUUAGCCCCGACUGUCAGCCCCGACCGUCAGCCCUGACCGUUAUCCUCGACUGUUGGCCCCGACCAUUAGCCCCGAUUGUUAGCCCUGACCGUUAUCCCCGACUGUUAGCCCUGACCGUUAGCCCCAAUUGUUAGCCCCGACAGUUAUCCCUGACUGUUAGCCCCGACCGUUAUCCCCGACCGUUAGCCUCGAUUGUUAGCCCUGAGCAUUAUCCUCGACUGUUAGCCCUGACCGUUAGCCCCGAUUGUUAGCCCCGACCGUUAUCCCUGACUUUUAGCCCCGACUGUUAGCCCCGACCAUUGGCCCUGAUUGUUAGCCCUGACCGUUAUCCCCGACCGUUAGCCCCGAUCGUUAGCCCCGAUCGUUAGCCCCGACCGUUAGUCCCGACCGUUAGCCCGACCUGCCCACACUUUUAACAAAUAUACAAAAACGUCUGAGAUUAACUUUAAAAGGUUUUUAAAAUUAACACUAAUUUAAAUCCAUCCAGACAUACAGUCCUCUGAGAUGACUUUUACUUGUCGUUGUCGUCAUCACUUUAUUUAUACAGCGUAUUUAAAAACAACAGUGUUGACCAAUGUGCUUCACAGACAUGAUACAAUUAAAACUAAUAAUAAGAUAAAAACAAAUAAAAAGACACAAAUUACAAAAUCCUGAGGAGCUCAAACUGAACUUGAAUUAAAAGCCAGUGUAAAAAGUGAGUUUUGAAGCCAGAUGCAAAAGACUGAACAGUCUUAUAAACAAAGCUAUAAACAGUGGUGAGCACCAGCCCGCUAAAGCGCAAAUCCGCUAAUUGCGGACCUAAAUAUAUUGUUUGCACUCUGGCGGUCUUAUUAAUUUUUAUAAUUCAUAAGCAGAUUUGCACCUUCUAAAAUUAAAAUGYAG